AAUCAACAUGCCUGCGGACAACGAUCACCACGAACCAGAGACCCCGGCCACCCAACGGCUGACGAACGAUGAUUUCCGCAAACUUCUAAUGACACCACGGGCUCCCCCAGGAUCAAGCCAUGCUGCAGGGUCGAUACGUGAUGCCAUGUCGAAGGCAUCAUCCGCAUCCGCCUCCGGAACCGGUGGUACACCGGCUUCGUCGUCGUCCGCUAUGAAACCACCAUCGUCGGAACGGCACGAAGCUCGUCGUAAAAAGAAAAACUUUUACGCGCAGCUGAAAAAACAGGAAGACAACAAGCUAGCGGAGCUGGCCGAAAAGUACCGCGAUCGAGCGAGAGAAAGACGCGACGGUGCCAAUCCGGACUACCAGAAUCUGGAUUCUUCUAGCUCUACAAGUGCAUAUCGUGCGGUAGCACCGGAUGCAAAAUCCGGUUUGAACGCGGCCGAACGACGUCGGCAACAGAUUCAGGAAUCCAAAUUCUUGGGCGGUGACAUGGAGCAUACUCACUUGGUGAAGGGUCUUGAUUACGCGUUGCUGCAAAAAGUUCGCAGUGAAAUUAUGGCCAAAGAACACGAGCAGGAAGAAGAGAUGGAAAAGCUCGUCGACAUUGAAACGUCAACGGAGGUACCGAUGCCGGCACCUGGGGCUACAGCUGCGCCACAGCGGGCCACCGGAGUCAGUAACGCGGAGAAAGAACCGCAAGAUGAGUUAGAGUUUCGAACUGUACUUGGACAAAACAUCUAUCGCACGCUGGAAAAACAACGUUCCAGGACGAUUGAGCGCAAUGAAAUGUUUGCUCCCGGGCGAAUGGCCUACCAUAUUGAGCUGGAAGAUGAAAAUGUUGACUCAGACAUCCCGACAACCGUGAUCCGGUCGAAGGCGGAAGUGCCGUUGGAUGUGGGCGAUACUCAGACGCUGACUACGAACGAUAUCGUAAUCAAUAAGCUCGCUCAAAUACUGUCCUACUUGCGACAGGGAGGACGGGGCAAGAAAAACAAGCGCCGUGAUAAGGAUAAACCUCUGUUUAAGCUCAACGAUGAGCCCGGAAGUAAAGGCAUGGCGGACGACUCGAUCUACGGUGAGAUUGGGGAGUAUCAGCCAAAUCGUCGAUAUGAAGACGUGGCUGGAUCGUCAAAGUUGGAAGGAAAUACGGGUCGUCACAGCUACUUCGAUAAGUACAACGACGAUGCAGCUGUCGCACGUGAUUCCGCUGCCAUACCGCCCGUCCCGGCGCCACCGAAACUAUCGGCCCAACUGAUCACGAAGCUGACGGCGGAACCGGAGGGCUACGCCGAAUGCUAUCCCGGUUUACAGGAGAUGAACGAUGCAAUCGAUGAUUCGGAUGACGAGGUCGAUUACACGAAGAUGGAUCUUGGAAACAAGAAGGGCCCCAUCGGUCGGUGGGACUUUGACACGCAGGAAGAGUAUUCGGAUUACAUGAGCAGCAAGGAGGCACUCCCGAAGGCCGCUUUCCAGUACGGUGUAAAAAUGCAGGAUGGGCGUAAGACGCGCAAACACAAGACGGAGAAAAACGAGAAGGCCGAGCUGGACCGGGAAUGGCAACAAAUUCAAAACAUUAUUCAAAAACGUAAGGCAAAAUCUGGCGGCGAUGAGGAUGUUGAUUUUAAGAAAUCCAAGUAUUAGGCUUAAACCUUACCGUACUGUAUAAACAAAUUUUAU